AACAGGUGUGGAGUGUGUUGCGAUGAAUUUGGAGUAUGUUCAAUGUUUCUGGAAUAAAAAUGGUAUUCCAGAGGUCAAUUACACCUUUUCCAGCCGGUUAGUACCUGAUGAGGAAAACAUGUUGUUCACUCAUGAAACAGAAACAAACUGUUCUGAAUACUUAUCAGAAAACGGCACAAAUACUGGAUGCAUUCGGGCUUUGAAAAAAAUAAUAUUCAGGCUUCACCAAUUUUACACGACCUUGAGAAACAGCAGUGAGGUGUAUCAUCAGUAUCAUAAGCCGCCAAUGAAAGUCAAGUUAAAGCCACCAUCCAACCUGACGGUAAAAAAAGGAUCUGACUUCAACCUGUGGUUUUACUGGAACCACACUCAUAGAGGACAUGUGAAGAUUCAGAGUCAAGUCCAACACAGAAUAAACAACAACAUAUGGGAGCCCUCUGAUGUUGUUGAUGACAGGCAGUAUUAUUGCAUUGAAUCCCCCUCCAACAGCUCCAGAUAUGAGCUGCAGGUACGAAGCAAAUGUGGCCCAGAUAAAGACUCAAAAUCUUGGAGCGACUGGAGCGAGCCGGUGGUCUUCGAUAAGAGCCCAAAUACAACUAUGGUAAAAAAGGUAGAUGGGUCAAUGUCUGUGUGGACACCAGUGCAUUAUGUGGUGGGGGUCAUCGGCUUCAUCCUACUGAUCCUGCUGCUAAUGAAACAUGACAGGCUCAGAAUCAUCUUCAUCUCAGUGGUUCCCAAACCCUCUCUGAAGUCUCCCGACUUCAAGGAUUGGUUUCAGUUCCCCAAUGGCCUGACAAAAGAAGACUUUAAAGCCAGCUACACGGACCAGGCCUGCCCUGUGUGUGAGUACACCUACGUCUCACCUUCUGACAGCAGCAGAUGCAACRGCCCCGACCUCACCGAAGACCACGAUGACUGCUCCAUCACCAUCGCCAAAAAGGAAUUGGAGGAGCCAUCCUCCCCUGCUGAGUCCUCUGAUGUCUUAUCUGARGAGGAACAGCAGGUUAUGGUUUAARCUUCGUCUCGGCCAA